AUGGCCCUACAGCGUAUUACACGUCUUUACCGAUCAUGCCUACUGCAAAUUAUUCUUGUUGGCUUGGUCGCGUUUUGUGAACCUGGUAUCUGGACUGCGUUGAACAACCUUGGCGCAGGAGGAAAUGCCAAACCUUUCUUGAACAACGCUGCCAAUGCCUUAACCUAUGGGCUUAUGUCAAUUGGAUGCUUCCUCGCCGGAGGUGUCACCAACAAGAUCACUGCGAAAUGGACCCUAUUCAUCGGAGCCGCCUUCUACACUCCCUACGCAGCUGGCCUUUACUGCAACAACAGAUAUGGCAAUGAAUGGUUCCUGUUGCUGGGUGCUGCCCUUUGUGGGAUUGGCGCAUCACUUCUUUGGGCAAGCGAAGCUGCGAUUGCAGUUGGAUAUCCAGAGGAGGAGAAAAGAGGACGAUAUGUCGGAAUCUGGAUGGGCAUUCGGCAGAUGGGACCACUAGUUGGCGGAGCGAUAUCUCUUGCCCUCAACGUUGGCACUGCGGAAACAGGCAAGGUCACAUACACCACAUACCUGGGAUUGGUAGCCAUUUCGGCUCUGGGAGCCCCGUUUGCGCUGCUGCUUUCUCAGCCACAGGAUGUUGUCAGAAGCAACGGAACCAAGAUCCCUUACAUGAAGAAAACCAGCUUUGCUAUUGAGGCCCGCGCAAUUUGGAAGCAGCUUUCCAACAAGUAUAUGCUGCUACUUAUCCCUGUCUUUUUGGCAGGACAGUUUGGUUCAACCUACCAGGGAAACUACUUGACCACAUACUUCACUGUCCGCUCAAGGGCACUUGCAUCAUUCCUGACUGCAGUUGUGGGCGCUGCAGCCAACAUCAUCACAGGUCUCAUUCUGGAUGUCAAAUCUGUUUCUCGUGAGAACAGGUCCAAGGGUGUGUAUAUCUUCGUUCUCAUCUUUGUUACGGCGGCGUGGACAUGGAAUGCCAUUGUCGAAACCAAGCUUUCCCGCAUGGCUGAUCCACCAGCCUUCGACUUGGGCGAUGGCCCCUUCUUCAACUCGGCCUUCACUGUCUACAUGGUCUUCAAGUUCUUCUACGAGGUUCUGCAGACUUACAUCUAUUGGUUGAUGGCGGAGAUCAAGGGCGCACAGGCUGAUGGCGACAUUGCACGAACUACUGGCAUUCUGAGGUCCUGGGAGUCAAUUGGCAGUACCAUUGCUUAUGCUGUCGGUGCUACCCAUUGGCCCAACUUGAAUCAAAUGAUAUUGGGCUUUGCGCUGUGGGGUUUCACGAUUCCAUUCACCAUUCUGGCGGUCUUUGGUGAUUGGAAUCAACCGGCUGCAGUGGAGGAGGAUCAAACAGACAGUAGUAGCUUGGAGGCACAGAGAGUGGUUGUCAAUGCUGACGGGAAGGACUGA